AUGAAUGUGAUUAAGUUCAAACUUCCGGUUAGCUUUGAGCCCAAGUGCAAGGUAUACCGUAGUCGGCGAAGGAUUCCUCGCAGUGCCCAUACUACACCGGACACGCUGUUCAGCCUGUGUGAGCUAGCCCUCCGGAAGUUGCUUGGCAGUGAAGUUCCACGCAGAAAGUUCUGGCCAACAGUACUGUCCUUGCUGCCAGGAUCAGAGUCACGCCGACUCGGUGUGCGGCACCAGCUGGAGUGCCCACAGGAUUUCAACAUCCAUCUCAGGUCCAGCGUAAACUAUGCCAAUCAUUGGAGUCUGCUGACGGAAUCGCUACGGCACGAACCACGCUGGCCACGGAUACGCAUCGGUGAUCCAGCUCGCAACCGGAUUACACGCCUCCACCAGGACUACCCAUCGCAGCACAUCUGGCAGAUCCGGCCCUACGACAUGCUGACCAGUGCAUUUAUCGUUCGUACGGCAGCCAAAAUUGCGUCCCUGGAACAACAGCGCUCCCAGGGGAGGUUUAGAAGUGGGCGAACGCUUUCUUCUUUAACUGCAACCACUAUCACUACCGCGACCACCUCUUCUUCCGGGCGACGGCUCAGUCGGGACAGAUCGAUCGAUGUGCCGGACAGUAGUGACCAAGAUGAGCAGCAGCGUGUGCAGCAGCUGCAGCGGCAACAACUAAUGGUAAUCGGCAAACGUACGACCGGAAGUUACGAGCUACGGCUGAAUAGCAGCGCAUCAGUUAAAUCUUCCAGUCGUAAGAGACCCACACGCUAA